GUUGAAUGAAGCCCUUCACGGGCGAGCCAUCAGCUGCUGGCUUGCGCCGGUCGGCCCGCUCGCUGAAGAACAGCCUUUUCUGCUCAGGACGUUGGCCACGAGGAGGGGGAGAAUUAGCAAGAGCGGAGUCUCGGUCCCCCAAAUCAACGUCUCUCUGUCGCCUUCCCUUCUUAUCUGGCGCGCUCGUUGCUUUGCCCGGGAAAUAAAGUGGGGAAGCUAACAGGAAGACGCUUCUGCACUUACUGUUUGUCCUUAUUUCCGUCUCAUUCUCUGAUUUUCCGCCGGGAGGCUUUCCAACAAGGUCCCCCAAACCGUGCGAAAACUUGUUUUGGUUUUCCCCUUUAAUAUGUUAAGGACUUUUUUGUCAUUUUCUUUUUCUUGCACUUAAGCCGCAACCGUGCCGAGCGGGAGCGGCAAAUGUGAGAGAGGGCCAGGGAAUUUAGGGGAGGGAGAGACCGCUGCGUUGUCGCCGGGAGUGGCGAGAAUCCGGCGAGUCACCGACAUCGUCGGAAGAGAGAAUGACUGGUUUCUAGUCCUUUUCUCCGGUUUUUAUGAGGAGGAAAACGCGUUGCCUUGCGUCGUAGUAAAGGUCUGCUUCGGAGGAGUCCUGCAUUAAGGCUUUCUGCGCAGUGGAGUUUCCUUGGGUUAAGUUUAUCAGAACGGGGCUCUGGUUGCAGAUCUAGGUUCGUUAGUUUCUCCUCCGCCGGAAAAAGGCUUGCUCUGGCCAGUCUUUGGAAGAAAAGGGUCUUAGACGAGCUUUCCUUAAGCUUUUUAGAACGGAGUAGGGUUUCCUUUGGAACGAGUCAGCAGCUUGUGUGAAUUCUUGAGUUCUUUUCUGCCUGAGAAUUUCCGAAGCCUGGUUUCUCUGAGUUCUCUAGCUUCUUCUUUGCAGUGAGGGUUUCUUUUGGAUAAAUGUGGACGGAUUAGACCGUGGAGAGAGGGUGAAGAGGCACUAGAAUGGCUGCGAAUUGGGAUGCUCUGGGCGAUCUUGCGAAUGUCGCUCAGCUCACCGGAUUGGACGCGAUCAAGCUGAUAGGGAUGAUCGUGAAGGCGGCAACCACGGCUCGGAUGCAUAAGAAAAAUUGCAGGCAGUUCGCGUUGCAUCUGAAGUUGAUCGGAAAUCUGCUGGAGCAGCUGAGGAUUUCUGAGCUCAAGAAGUAUCCGGAGACGAGGGAGCCGCUGGAGCAGUUGGAGGACGCCCUAAGGAGGUCGUAUGUCUUGAUCAGUAGUUGCCAGGAUCGGAGCUACCUCUAUUUGUUGGCGAUGGGUUGGAACAUCGUCUACCAAUUCAGGAAGGCGCAGACGGAGAUUGACCGCUACCUUAAACUCGUCCCUCUCAUCGCUUUGGUGGAUAAUGCGAGAGUGAGGGAAAGACUGGAAGACAUUGAAAAGGAUCAGCGGGAAUAUACGCUGGAUGAAGAAGAUGAAAAGGUCAAAGAUGUAAUUCUGACACCAGCUCCCUCUGUAAAGGGCACUUGUGCAUUAAAAAGUUCACUUUCAUGCCGUUAUCCAAAUUUGGGCUUUGAUGAAGCUCUUAAGAAGGAAAACGAGAAGCUUCAGAUGGAACUGCGAAGAUCACAAGCUAGCAUGGAUUUUCGGCAAUGUGAGGUUAUUCAGCAGUUACUUGAAGUUACAGAAUCUGCUGCAAAUUCACAUUCAGAAGAUAAACCAAAAAACAAGACUUCCAAACAUAAAGAGCACACUCUGCCAAGUAAUGAUACUGAGAAAGGAUAUCAGUAUGAAGAGACUUGUCAACAGCAACGUAAUGAUGCUCAUACUGGUUCAAGGAAUACUUCUCCAGCUGGACAUGAUCUGGUAUCAACUGGAGGAUCAUAUAGACAUGAGGAAUGGCAUUCAGAUUUACUUGGUUGCUGCUCGGAGCCCUCCCUUUGCUUCAAGACUUUCUUCUAUCCUUGCGGAACAUUUUCAAAAAUAGCUACUGUUGCAUCAAAGGGAAAAAUAUCUCCAGAGCAGGCCUGCAAUGAUUUGAUGACGUAUUCACUGAUACUAUCAUGCUGCUGCUAUACCUGCUGCAUGAGGAGGAAACUUCGCAAAAUGUUAAACAUUACAGGGGGACUCUGCGAUGAUUUUCUUUCACAUUUAAUGUGUUGUUGCUGCGCCCUUGUACAAGAAUGGCGAGAAGUGGAAAUUCGUGGUGCAUAUGGCCCUUACAAGACCAAAACCAGCCCGCCACCAUCGCAAGUUAUGGAAUCAUGAUUUCACAAACGGGUGGAUGAGUUACAUUUGAAGUUUCGACUUGGCACAUGAUCUGGACGUGAAAGCAUCAUGAAACAACUGAACUGUUUUUGAAGCUCCGGGAGUAGGUAGAGUAACAGAACUGAAGUAAAACCAGUGUUUUUUUAUUGGCAAUGCGAAGGAACAGGAUCAAGCACGUGCUUCUUUUCAAGUUAUCGGUCGAGUUCCUUGGAGUUAAGAGGCACAUCGCGUGUAUGGGAUUCAAAUUUAUGCAGCAGUUGAAAGCAAGUUCCCUCCAUAACACUUCAUUGUUAGGAAUGACUCGUCAACGUCAGCUUGGUCAUGAAAAGUAAAAAAGUUAAUUUUUUCACUAGUCUUGUUGCAAAUGAAAGUUGAGAAAUACUAUCCAGAAGAGUAUCGAUUGUUUUUACGAGGCACAUCUGAUUUAGAGUAAGGUUUUAGAAUUCAGUAGCA